CGACGUCCUCGUCAAUCCGAGAACCUCCGGCGCCGGUUUUUUUUUGUAUUCGAAAUCUCAAAAACUUGUACAAACAAGAUUGAAAUCACCUAUUGAAAAUUAAUAUUUUUAUAAAUCGAUAUAAAAGUGAAAAUGUGCAUCAACGGAGAUUGUGACCAUCCGGAAGGGAUGCUGGAUCGUGAUCUAAGAACGACGAAAUCAUCGUUAGACGAAAGAACCACGCGGAUCACGUCCGUUCCGGAUGCGAAUAAGUGUUCCCGAUUAGGAUCGAGUAAAUCAGUUAAAAGGACGAGAUCGUGUAGUACGUGCUCCUUCAGGAAUCUGUGCCACCACUUGCGGAAGAGCUUCCACAAAUUCAAGCAGGCCGUAACAGUCUUGCUCUGUCUAUCUUACGUCGUCGGUAUCCCGACGACUUCUUCCCUACCGGUCACCAGGACUUCCAGGGAAACGAUGGCCGACCAAAAUCCAGCUCUUAAACAACUAGAGUCCAUUAAAAACACCGCCAAGCAUAAUGCAUAUCAGGCUAGAGAAUAUUUUAAUAACACAUUUCUGACAACAAAAUAUCCGAAUAUUGAUUUAUACAACAACAACAAUUACACCUUCUUUUUCGAGCAUAUACCAAAAGAUUUCAAGUUUCCACAGACAGUAAUGUUUAAUUCGACCGUUUUAAAAGGGAUGACUGUAAAUGAAUUUACACAAAUCUUUUAUGAUUGCUUCUUGCGAUUUAAUGCAACGAUGGACAUGUUAAAAGAAAAAAAUGAGGUGAUUAAUAAGUUGAAGGUGUUAUUGGAGGAGUUUGAGGAAUACAUUGCAAUAGAAAAUAUAGAACCGUUGAAGAUGAAGUACGAUGAAAGUGAUAUAAAGCUGGGAAAAGAUGAGAGUGAUACGGGGGAAAGAUGGGUGAGGGAUAUGAUCAUAUAUAGGGAUUUCGCUAAAACGAUGGAGUAUGUUGACAAAGCUUACGAGUAUUUUUACAAUCUGGCCGUAAACGCAGAGGCGUCCCAGUAGCUGUCUCUUGCCGAAAAAAAGAAACAACGAAAACUCGCUUUCCAGUCAGAAGAUCGUACUUACUUUAGAUUUUAACCCUUGACCCCGGAUUCCUAUACAUCCUCCGAUAUUUUUAUAUAUGUAAUUUACUGUCUUAUUUAUGACUAUAAUUUAUGAUUAUUGUAAAAGAUAACGAACCGAACGAUGAGGGAAACUUUAUUUCUUAAAGGUGGGUCCUCAACAAGUGGAUCCAUCGUAUUUUAUUUAUACACUGUGAUAUUUUUUCGGUCGGUGUUUUGCAGUUUCCACCGGCUUAAAAGAAUAAAUAUUUAUUAUUUUAA